AAUCCACGUGGUCAUCCUCCUCCACAUAUGGCUUCUGACUCUUCUAAUUUUCGAUUCCCUUUCACUCCGGCUCCGUUCGUUCUCUCUCUCUCUCUCUCUUCGUAAUCUUCUUCAAUGGCGGAAGCUUCGGUAGUGUCUUGGGUUCAAAAACCGAUCUCUCUCUUCUCGAAAGAGUUUUCUCCGUCUUUCUUCUCCUCUUCUCCUCCCCGUUCCUCGUUUCCUCGCCGGCCAACCUCUCGAUUUCUCCGAUCCUCUGCUAAAGCUUCCUCCUCCAAUUCCGCAAACUUUUUCUCCGAUGAGUCUUCCGGCUUGUUCCCUUGGUCCGAUGGCGACUCCGAAAUUCAAUGGUUUCCUGGUGGGAAAGUCACAUUUUUCACUACUGAUGGGCUCAUUCAGAUUGGAGGCUCCAUGGUCCCUAGACGCGUUCCUUCAGAUAAAAGAUCAAAGACUGCACAAAGACUUCAACGCUUCCAAGAGAGUGAUUACAUGGAUCCAAAACAAGAACUUUGUUUAGGCGCACUCUUUGAUAUUGCCGCAACAAACGGACUUGAUUCGGGUAGAAGACUCUGCAUCUUUGGAUUUUGCCGUUCCAUAGAGAUGCUGAGUGAUGUUGUGGAAGACACUGUUUUGGAGCAUGGUGGGGAGGUUGUUUCUGCAGAGAAAGCUAUCAAGGGCGGUUUGCAUGAGAAGCUAACAAUGACUGUUGCAGUGCCAUUGCUUUGGGGGGUUCCUCCUGCUUCUGAAACACUUCACCUUGCGGUUCAGAGUGGAGGAGGGAUUGUAGACAAGGUUUAUUGGCAAUGGGAUUUCUUGUAAAUGAAUUAUAUUAUAUGUAUCAUAUUAUGGCUAACCAUUAUUUGUGAAUGUUGUACAUAACUAUCACUUUCUUCUGUACAAACUCUAAUUCAUAUUCUCCCAUGUAUAAAAUAAAACCCAAUUGUUGUAUUUA